AUGAACAGACAAGUCUGCAAGACCUCAGGCAGUGGAAGCCAUGGCUUCUCUGGCCGCUCUGCUGUGAUCUCCGGCAGCAGUCGCACAAGCUGUGUGGCUCGCACAGGACACUCUGGUGGAGGAGCUUGUGGGGCCCGUAGUGGAGCAGGUGGUUUUGGCAGCAAAAGUCUCUACAACCUGGGUGGCAACAAGAGCAUCUCCUACAAUGUGGCCGGUAGUUCCAGGAGUGGAGCCUUUGGUUUUGGUGGUGGGCGCAGCAGCUGUGGAGUUGGCUUUGGAGGAAGCAGGGGAAUAGGAGGUGGUUUUAGAGGAGCUGGUGGUUUUGGAGGUGCUGGUGGCUAUGGUAGCCUGGGUGGAUUUGGUGGGUCUGGUGGCUUUAGUGGUUCUGGUAGCUUUGGUGGUUCUGGUGGCUUUGGUAGUUCUGGUGGCUUUGGUGGUCUUGGUGGCUUUGGAUCAUCUGGUGGCUUCCCUGGUGGGAUCCAGGAAGUAACUGUUAACCAGAGCCUCCUGCAGCCCCUCAAUGUGGAGAUUGAUCCUCAGAUUGGUGCUGUGAGGACCCAGGAGCGGGAGCAGAUCAAGACCCUCAACAAUAAGUUUGCUUCAUUCAUUGACAAGGUGCGGUUCCUGGAGCAACAGAAUAAGGUCUUGGAGACCAAGUGGAGUCUGCUCCAGCAGCAGGGUCCCAACUCUGUUACAGGUACCAACAAUCUUGAGCCCCUUUUUGAGAGGUAUAUCAACAACCUUCGGAGGAUGCUGGAUGGGCUUCAGGGAGAGCGUGGGAAACUGGAUGGAGAGCUGAGGAACAUGCAAGAACUGGUGGAAGACUUCAGAAAAAAAUAUGAAGAUGAGAUUAACAAACGCACAGCUGCAGAGAAUGAGUUUGUUGGAAUCAAGAAGGAUGUGGAUGCUGGUUAUAUGAGUAAGGUUGAAUUGCAGGCCCGUGCAGACAGCUUGACAGAUGAGCUCAACUUCCUGAGAGCUCUUUAUGAGAUGGAGCUGUCCCAGAUGGAAAGUCAUGUCAGUGACACCUCUGUAAUUCUCUCCAUGGAUAAUAAUCGCUGCCUUGACCUGGAUGGCAUCAUUGCUGAGGUCAAGGCUCAAUAUGAGGAGAUCACCCAGAAGAGCAAAGCAGAGGCUGAGUCUGCAUACCAGACCAAGUUGGGAGAACUGCAGACCACAGCUGGCAGGUAUGGUGAUGACCUGAAGACCACCAAGAGUAUGAUUAUGGAAAUCAACAGGACAAUCCAAAGAUUGCGGGCUGAGAUUGAGAAUGUCAAGAAACAGAAUGCCAACCUGCAGACAGCCAUAGCUGAAGCUGAGCAGCGUGGGGAGAUGGCCCUUAAGGAUGCCCAGGCCAAGCUCCAGGGACUGCAGAAUGCCCUGCAGAAAGCCAAGGAUGACCUGACCCACCUCCUGCGAGAAUACCAGGAACUGAUGAAUGUGAAAUUGGCCUUGGAUGUUGAGAUUGCCACUUACAGGAAGUUGUUGGAGGGCGAGGAGUGCAGAAUGUCAGGAGAGUGCCAGAGUGCUGUGAGCAUCUCUAUGGUCAGCAACGUUACCAGCAGUAACAUCGGUGGUGGUCUCAGUGGAAGCCGAAGCAGCUUUGGAGGAGGAAGUGGAAGUUUUGGUGGUACCAGCAGUGGCAGCUAUGUCACUAGUGGAGGAAGUGCUUCUGGGAGCCAAGGGAGUGUUUCUGGGAGCCGAGGAGGUGCUGGGAGCAACUUAGGUGGCGUCCAGAGCUGUGGAAGUGGAGGAUACAAUUCUGGGAGCCGAAGCAGUGCUGGUAGUAAUGUAGGCGGCAUCCAGACCUCUGUAAGUGGAGGCUACAACUCUGGAAGCAGAGGCAGUUCCAGCAAAAAUGUGUCCCAGAGUUCCAGCCAGCGCUUCAAGUAA